AUGCUCUGUGACUACAAGGACUGUCCGAAAGUUUAUCAUGCCUCUUGCGUUGAAAAGGAGAUCACAGUAAGAGGGAAUGAAGAAUCGUUGAUCUGUAAGUGGCACAGUUGCUACUUGUGUAGCAAGAGACCGAAGCUAUGCUGCCUUUGUUGCCCACAUGCUGUAUGUGAAGGCUGUGUUACUCAUGCUGAGUUUAUUCACCUUAAAGAGAAUAAAGGGUUAUGCAAUCAAUGCCAGGAGUAUGUCUAUGCUUUAGAAGAAAUUCAAGAAUAUGAUGCUGCUGGGGAUAAGAUCGACUUGACAGAUAGAAAUACAUUUGAGUGUCUGUUUCUGGAGUAUUGGGAAAUAGUAAAAAGUCAAGAAGAUAUAAGUUUCGAAGAUGUCCAAGAAGCUUCAAAGUCACGGAAGAAAGGUGUCAAGUCAAGGUACAAAAAUGAUCCCAAAUUUUCGCUCAAUGAUGUUCACUCUUCAAAAUCACGAAAGAAAGGCGUCAAGUUUAAGUACAAAGAUGAUCCCAAAUUUUCUUUAACUGACCAUGCGGUUGAGGAUGCAGAAGAUUAUAAAAUGCUGGGCAAAUCAAAGAGAAUGGAGUUUGUUGGAUGGGGUUCAAAGCCCCUUAUUGAUUUCCUAACAUACAUAGGGGAAGAUACCAAAGACGCAAUGUCACAACAUAGCGUGGAGUCAGUUAUCCGGAGGUACAUCCGACAGAAAAACCUGCUUGACCCUGAAAAGAAGAAGAAAGUUCGUUGUGAUGAGAAGCUGUAUUCUAUCUUCAGGAAGAAGUAUGUGAAUCACAAUAAGAUAUAUAAACUUUUAGAAACCCACUUGAAAGAGAACGUUGAGCAGCUGGAGUAUCUCAAUCUUUUGGAACGUGGCUUCGGUGAAAAGAAUGAAAAGGUUUUAUUGCCAUGCAAGAAGCAGAAAACAAAAAGAUCAGAUGAGGGAAUUUGUGUAAAGGAAGUGAAACCUGAAAUGCGUUCUACCGGACUCGCCACAAUCAAUACAGAUAAUAUAAAACUUGUUUAUCUACGGAAGAGCUUAGUCGUAGAGCUAUUGAAGCAGAAUGAGGGCUUUGGGAAAAAGGUGGUGGGAUGCUUUGUAAAAGUAAAGAAUGACCCUAGGGAGUUGAUCGCGUACCAGAUCCUGCAGGUUACAGGCAUUAAAACUUCUGAUGACCAGAGAGAGGGCGUGCUUCUUUAUGUUGCUGGUAUGGCAAGUGAUGUUAGCAUUUCAAAGUUGGAUGAUUCUGACAUAGGCAAGGACGAGAUUGAAGAUUUAAAGCAAAAAGUGGUGAAUGGCUUUCUGAGACAACCAACUGUUCUUGAGAUGGAGGAGAAGGCUAAGGCUCUCCAUGAGGAUAUCACAAAACAUAGAGAACUUCUCCAAAAACCUUCAGAGCAGGAGAGAUUAAUAAGACAAACUCCAAGGAUCAUCGAAGACCUCGUCGAAAUCAAAUCAGAAGCAGUUGCAUCCUCAGAUAGCAGCAAACAAGAGAUCAUCAGCGGUUUAUCUCAGGAGGCGGCGAUAAAUAUCGACUGA